CAGACUCAAGGACACUUUACAGAUAGAUAUCAGCUUUUACAAACAUACUGAUGAGAAAUGGCAGACGAUUUGCAUACAACUCUUGCUGGCAGUUGCUUAACUCCUAGAAAUAUGAACAAUAAUACCAUGCCCACAUUCAAGACUUGACACGACAUGGGCCAAUAACUGCACUGCUUUCCCCACAUGGCUGUGUUGAAGCAACUUCCUCAAUUUGUUUUAUCAUUACCAUCUUCCUUCUCAGAUAAGCCACAGUCUAGAACUCAAGCCAAAAUAAAUGUGUUCACUGGCAUAAAGCAUUUAAUACAUUAGGUUUGCAAGCUGAAUUUUCAAGAUGUAAAAUGACAGGUGGUUUGUGGUUUGUCGACUGACACAGAACUUGGAAAGUUUAGAUUUCCGCUACGUCACUGCACUGAUCUGGAAAAAAAAUGUGACUGACGCCCUCAGAGUCAAACCAAAAGAGCAGGCACAAGACACAAGUUUCAGAUUGUAGAAUUUACCAGAGAGGUUCCGAACCAACGUCUGAGUGGCUGGUGCACUGGCUAGCAGGAACUGCAUUUAGGCUUACCAUUUGUGGAGACUUAACCUUCAUCUUAAGAAGAUGAUGAUGUUGAUGAAGAAGCUGUACUAACACAUUCCUGGCUACCCGUUAAACAUUUGGGCUCACUGAUAUGUUAUCUGAGAUCAGCAAAGAAAACAGAAAAGUAUUCACCACUUCCUCCCAGGCAUCUGUAUGCACUGCUUUGUAAAGUAAGAAAACACAGACAAGUUCACAUCAAAGAUAGUCCUCCUCAAACCUCUUGAAAUACGCGCUUCAGGAAACUACCCUAAACACCUUGGAUGAACUGUGAAUGAAAAAAGCUAUACACCACCUCUUUACAAAAUGGAAAACAAGUCCAGGACAAGCCCCAAUAAUGAGAACUGUGUGGUCAAUGACAACAUGAUGCCCUUUGCUACGCUCUACAUCCUCAUCUUCAUUGUAGGCAUGGCUGGAAGCCUGGUGGCGCUCUGGGCCUUCAUAUACAGCCGGAACUCCAAGAAGUGCAUAAACGUCUACCUAAUCAACCUUCUGACUGCUGACUUCCUGCUCAUGCUAGCACUACCAGUCAAGAUCGCCAGAGAUCUGGGCAUGGAAUCUCAGCGGCUAACAAUAUUCCAUUGUCAAGUCAGUGGACCCCUCAUUUACAUCAACAUGUAUGCCUCCAUCAUCUUCCUCGCCUUUGUCAGUGCCCACCGUUACCUCCAGAUCACCAACAACUCCAAGCACUUCCGUCUGCAGGAGGUGGGCUUCGCUGCCACGAUGUCCGCUGUAGUCUGGCUACUCGUGCUCUUCAUCAAUGUGCCCAACAUGGCCAUCCCCAUCAAUCAGGAGGUUCCAGUUAUUCCUUCAACAACCUGUGCCGACUUAAAGCAAGACAUUGGCAAGAACUGGCACGUGCUGUCUGUUUUCCUGGGCAUGGCGAUCUUCUUGAACACUUCAGUAGCCGUGUUCCUGUCCAAUGGUCUGGUGCUGAAGCAGUUUUGGGGUAAGCGCGGCGGUGAGCCUGAAGAACAGGCCGUCGCGCACCACGCCAUGCUCAACAUCGCCCUGGUGACGGUGGCCUACGUCAUGUGCUUUGUGCCCUAUCAUGCAGUGCGGAUGCCUUACACCUUCACUCAGAACCAGCUGAUCAAUGACUGUGGUCUAAAAAAGCACCUUUUCUUAGCCAAAGAGUCCACUUUGCUCCUGGCUAUCUUGCACAUGUGCUUUGACCCGGUGCUCUAUUUUUUCUUCUGCCGCUCAUUUAGACACCAGAUCACCCUGUUUUUUAAUAAAUGUAGCUUAUCAAAGAAGACCCCCAUAGACCAAGAGCCCCAGCUUGAAGAGUAAGUGACUGUACUUACAUGAUAAGGCUUACAUGAUAAAGUACAAGAUAAGGUGUUGUAUGUUGUGCUGGGGUGAUAUACGCCAUCAAACCCUUUAAACUCAAGCAUAGCACUGCACAAGACAGAAUACAUGAGACAGAGAAAGCACAUGAAGAAAUGUUAAUGAAAUGUUAAUGAAAUGUUAAUGAAAGACUACAAAUGAUCUAUAGAUAAACAUGCAACAACAACAAAAACAUAAUUGUUAUAUCCAAUUAUAUUUGAGUCUUAUAUUCGACUCAAAUGCAUGCCCCUGCGGUAAUUUUGUGCAAUAUGAAUUUUCCCGAAGCAAAGCCUAGAAAUCAUUCAAACCCGGGUGAAGAUAAUGAGUGUAAUUGUGUUUGUGCUUAUAGAGCUAGCAUUUCUUACACACUGAAUGGAAAAUUGCACAUUUAUUGUACUAGAUCUGUAACCAACAAGAGUAAAAUGUUGUGUUAUUAUUUUACUUCCAUUUCUACCCACUCCAAAUUUAAACAGGUUUAAUAUUCAAACAAGUAAGUGACUAUCUAAAUCAUUUGGGCUAACAAAGCUAAAAUAAGAUCAUUUCUUGAGAAUAUAAAUUAUGCUAAUGAUAAUUUAUCAUGCUAAUAGGUUUUAUAUUAAAACUAUGAAUCUGACUUGCUGUUUUUUUAAUGAAUCACGACUUGACAGAUCACAUAUAAACCACUAUAAAACAUUCACUCAGUCAACUCUACAUGUAACUACUACUACUACUACUACUACUACUACAGACAUUUCAAGAUAUGAAGCAAUUUGUCAAGUGCAAAGGUCCAAGAAAAACUUCAUUGUUAAUACUGAAUCCAUAAUGAUGAAUAUUGCACAUGGUAGACUGGGAAGAAACAAGCUAAAGCUCAUUUUACCGAUCACAGUCCAAAUAACUGGCCUUGAUGAAUCCUGACAACUCUGAGAUCAGUAGAUGCUGAUGUGGAUUGUCCUACCAGUAGACAAAAUGGAUAUAUACAGCAAAGUUUUAGAAAUAAAAUAUUGUAAGCAAGCAGGUAGAAUCAACACACCAACUAAGAUUAAUCAUUUAUUGCUCAGGCUAUCACCAGCAUGAUCAAACAAAUGCACAGCAGAAUUUCAACAGAAUGCUUUAACAUUGGUAUCUUGUCUUAUCUUUGACUGAAGUUAUGAUACCUUCAUUCUUUCCAGUAAAAGCUAAGGUUGAAGUAUGCAACCCCAAAACAGACUGACUUGCCUGUGAGUCAUCCCUGUUACGCCUCUGAUGCUACGACAAAUGUUAACGCCCACUACUUACUUGUUUUCACUCAUUGCUGAAACACGCUGUGCUUGGCAAAAAAAGCCCAUAGCUUACUUUAAACAGAUGGGAUUUCCCAUUCUUCAUUUCAUUCAACAAAGCACAAGUCUAUGGUUAGAAUGAUCUGUGAACAAUUUUUGACCUUCUCCAUCAUCCACAGCGCUAUGUGUUCCUAGAAAUGUAUGUCAGCAUCAAACUAGAUAAUUAGAAGCCUGGGUGUCUAACUGUACAUUGACAGACAGAAUUAAACUAGUUUUCUGUCUGAUAAGAGGUGUGUUAUGCUAGAAAAUAACAGACAUGUGGGCUUUCAGAUUCCACUCAAUUAUUACUGUAUGGGCACACAAAUUGCAAGAAGUUUGUGACUCCAUUCUGACUUUACUGCUCUUAUUAUACAGUAUGUAUCCCACAUAAUAAUAUACUAAUAUCAUAAUGCUUAUAUUGUGUCAACAGCUAACAUCAACUGUUGAUUUUGAUCGAACAAAAAGCCCUUUACCAUGGUAAAGUUGGAUUUAUGUUGGACAUGAACUAUAUAUGCGCUGUUCUCUUGUCUCAGGAAAUAAAUGAUACAUUCUCAC